GCCGUGAGCGAGAGGUAGCACGACAAACAGGAGAGAGCCGGAAAUGACUGCUGCAUCUGCAGCUGGCUACGCCGAGCGUGUGCUGGCUGUCCUCGGCGUGGCGUACUCGCGGGUGCUCCUGGCUCGGUUCAAUGGCUCGCGAGGACACGGAAGCGAUGAUGCGGAGUCGGACGUGGAUGUGUACAUUGUGUACGCACCUUCGACAGAGGAAGUGCUUGUGGCUGGGCUGGAGGCAUCAGUGGCGCCGCCGGAUACGCUGACGACGUCGAUCGAGGCUGGCGCCGGGCCAGGCAUCGAGAAGACCACCGAUGUGGCUCUGUACGAGGUUGGCAAGUUCCUCGCGCUCCUUCGAGCUGGCUCGCCGUUGGCGGUAGAGACGGUCUUUGCGCCGAGCGAGGACGUAUAUGUGGAUCCACUUCUGGCGCCGGUGCUGGAGAUGCGGGAUGAGGUACUGACGCGAAAGGCGUUCCGCUCGCUGCUCGGGCACACCUCGUCCGAGUUCAAGCAGAUUGAGCUGGCCGAGGCGCGCGGCGUAGGGUGGAGCAAGCUGCUGUACCAUGCGCAGCGGCUGAUGCUCGAGGUCGAGGCAGUGUACAGCGGGGGGCGACCGCAGGUCAAGUUUAGCGGAGAGACGCUGGCGGCGCUGAUGGCGACCAAGCAAGGUAAGCUCGGCGGCGCCGGCGAGGCGGCGCUCCUGGAGAAGCUGCGGUCGCGCCAUCAGCAGCUGCAGCGCGACGACCCUACGCCGGCGCAUCUGCCUCAGGCGCUGCCUGUCAACAAUUCGUGA